AACAGCCAGUUUCUUCAUCAUUCAAAAACAACCCUUCAAUCAUUAAUCACGUGGUUAGUAGAACCGUGUACAACAUCCGAGGAAGCGUUCUGCUGCAUCUUUUGUGGUCCCGGCGAGCAGACGCCAUAAUGCAUGAACGCCAGCAGGGGUCACGUGACGCGCAUCCCACCAUAUAGAAGGUUGCAGCAGACGACAGUUUGUACACUCGGUGGACGCACAUUUAGCUAGUUGUAUCAGAGCAAUGUCAGCACUAGUCGGGACAUGGAAUUUUCAUUCCCAGGACAACCUGGACGGGUACAUGAAAGCAGUAGGUGUCCCCGAUGAGAUGAGAGCAGUCGCGAAGGAAAGUAAACCAUUAUUGGAAAUCACCCAAGAUGCCGCCGACCACUUCAUGAUCCGCACAACCGUUGGGGACAAAGUGAAGGAAUAUAAGUUCGUCAUCGGCCAGGCCUUUGACCACGUCUCCCUCGCUGGCCAACCUAUGAAGUCGGUGGUGAACUUGGUCGGAGAGAAAAUGGUGGAAACUCAGACCCUGGGGGAUCGUAAUAUCGUCAUCGAGAGAUCUGUGGAGAAAGACAAACUGGUGUCGAGGAUGACCGUCAACGACGUAACGGCGUGCGUGACCUUCGUCAAAGCAUAACCGGAAGUACUCCGUCCUCCAUCCUUUCGUCCAAUCAACGAGUACCACCGCACGGACGCGCCAUCUUGAAAUCUACGUGUGGAUUUACCGUGCAAUCACCUCAGAUAUAUACAUCGCUGUCAUACCUGUACUCUAAAAUGGUAAUAAAAUAUCUUAUAGCUGUU